AUGUGUGACACCUCCUGCUCCUCAGGCAACCAGUCGGGCAGUUCCAUGCCCAUGUACUGCACACCCCUGACUUGUGUUUCCACUGCCAGCUCCUCGUCCUCGUCCUCGGGCUCUGGGAGCUCCUCCAGUCACCCUGUGUCCUAUAUGACUGUGCUGUACAGCCCUGUGAGCGGCAUGGCCUCCUCCAGCCAGUCACCCUGUGGGGCUUCCAGUAGCUCCUCCGGUAGAGGCCAGUCAUCUUGUGGCAGCUCUUCCAGCGGCAUGACCAGUGGCUCAUCCAGCCAUGGCCAAGUUGCCAUCCUUGUUCCUGUGAGCAGCAGUUCCUCCUCCAGCCACUCACCCUGUGGGACUUCCAGCAGCAACUCUGGUGGCAGCCAGUCAUCUAGUGGCAGCUCUUCCGGAGGCAUGACCAGCGGCACGUCCAGCCCUGGCCAAGUAGCCUGCAUUGUGCUCAUGAGCGGUGAGCCCUCUUCCAGCCAGUCACCAAGUGGGUCUUCCAGCAGCUGCUCUGGAGGCGGCAAGUCAUUAUGUGGCAGCUCUUCCUGUGGUGUAACCUGCAGCACAUCCAGCCCUGGCCAAGUUUUCCACUUUGUGCCCGUGAGCAUCGUGUCCUUGUCCAGCCAGUCAUCCUGUGGGGUUUCCAGCAACUCCUCUGGUGGCAGCCAGUCAUCUAGUGGCAGCUCUUCCGGAGGAAUGACUGGCGGUGCAUCCAGCCCUGGCCAAGUUGUCCACUUUGUGCCUGUGAGCAGCGUAUCCUUGUCCAGCCAGUCAUCCUGUGGGUCUUCCAGCAGCUCCUCUGGUGGCUGCCAGUCAUCUAGUGGCAGCCCUUCCAGUGGAAUGACUGGCGGUGCAUCCAGCCCUGGUCAAGUUGCCAUCCUUGUGCCUAUGAGCAGCGGUUCCUCCUCCAGUCAGUCAUCCUGUGGGGCUUCCAGCAGCUCUUCUUGUGGUGGCCAGUCAUCUAGUGGCAGCUCUUCUGGAGGCAUGACCGGCGGCAUGUCCAGCCCUGGCCAAGUAGCCUGCAUUGUGCUCAUGAACGGCAUGUCCUCUUCCAGCCAGUCACCCAGUGGGUCUUCCAGCAGCUGCUCUAGUGGUGGCAAGUCAUUAUGUGGCAGCUCUUCCUGUGGUGUAACCUGCAGCACAUCCAGCCCUGGCCAAGUUGUCUACUUUGUGCCCGUUAGCGGCAUGUCCUCCUCCAGCCAGUCACCCUGUGGAACUUCCAGCAGCUCCUCUGGUGGCGGCCAGUCAUCGAGUGGCAGCUCUUCCGGAGGCAUGACUGGCGGCACAUCUAGUCCUGGCCAGGUUGUCUUUCUUGUGCCUGUGAGCAGCAGUUCCUCCUCCAGCCAGUCAUCCUGUGGAGCUUCCAGUGGCUCCUCUGGUGGAGGCCAGUCAUCUACUGGCAGCUCUUCUGGAAGCAUGACCUGUGGCAUGUCCAACCCUGGUCAAGUGGCCUUCUUUGUGCCCAUGACCUGCAAGCCUGCCAUGUACAUGGUCCCCUCCAGCCAGUCUUCCUGCUCAUAA